AAUUCGCAUUGGAGAGAAGCAGCACUAGUAAAUGGAUACGUAUAUAGAUAUGUAUGUAUGCAUGUACGGACGUUGUGUGGACAGACGGAUACGUGUAUGGACGGAUGAAUGAAUUGGUUGGCUGGCUGGCUGGUUGGUUCGGUCGAAUAGAUUGGAUGGACAAACAAAGAGCUUCUUAGAUGUAAACGGUUGGUCGCGUUGCGAGGACGUGAUUUUGCUUAUUUCGAAUGUGAGUAACCGUCGCGUUUUGUGCUUUGUGUUUUCAUAUCGUGUUUUUCUAUUAUUACACCACGCAUCACAAACUCGGCACUCCCCCACCGCAGAUAGCAUACAAUCCAUUUCUCAAAACAUACUCUAUUUCAAAUCUUCGAAUCAGAAACAAUAACAAAACAACUAAAAUCAGUGCGCCGGAAUUUCUAAAAUUCAAGUCGCUAUAACUGCGAUAGAACAGCUUAGAACUACAGCAGCUUCCACACCAACAGUGGCUACACAACGUUCAAGAAUUGCCCACUUCCACACCCAAGUACGGCACGCACUCAAAGGAGCAUUUGAACAUUUCAGAUUCGCAAUAUUGGUGAUUGGCGUUUAUUUACUAUUGCCGCCGCUCUGCACAUUCAGUCAGUGUCUUUUGUUUACCCAACGCUUUUUACACAGUUUUGUUUAGAGGUUCAUCAUCGACGUUGGCGUUUGCGGUGGGUACGUUACGCAUAACGGUAACUCAUGUGAAUACUACUGUUCAUAAAGUUUGCUGUGAACAUCGCUGUUGCUGCGCUGCCAGCACAGCCACUGUCACUGCUGACGUUUACCAUCAGCACCCUCCACCGCAAAGCUACUCCACACUUCCACAGUUCACAACAACAGACAUAUUAGCCGCUAUCAAAAGACAUUCGUGUUCUGAACGCCAAGUGCUUUAGACGGAAGAGCGCGCGCGACUCUGUGUCCACCCACAAUAACACACAUCGCUGACAAAGACAAAUUUACCAAACAACAAUAACACAUCCGUAUGUUCGACAACGCGUUCUCAUAUGGAAAGAACAAUACCACCUGCCUGUUCGUUGCUUCCUAAGUUCUUAUCAGCAUUAGGAGCAGCAGUCAGCACUACAAUAACACACAACCCUCUCCCGCGCAUUCGCCCUCUACCUUGCCACCCAACCCCACCGCAGCUGCCCCAACAACGCAACCCCCGCGCGUAACCAACAAAACAAAGUCACAUUACAAAUUCGCAUCAAUGCUUCUAAAGCGCCGAAAAUAAAAUUGAAUUAUCUUCACGUAUGUGUCCGCAGUCACUCACAGGACAUCGACGUGUUCGGACCUCACAAAACCGCCAUUGGACGGACUGUUUACAUUAAUUGAAUCUGCAGUAAACAAAAACAAGUAAAUCAAAACACCGCCAACACCCACACUUACCCACCUCAGCUCGCAUAAGCCCGCUCCCUACCCCUCGCUUCAUAGCCAAUGUCCGCGCGUAUUAUCAUUCCAGAGUGUUUCAAUAAUAAUCGCGGCGUCGUUAGUCAGAGCCAAUUCGCGAUUCACAACCCUUCCACAAACGAAUACAAUCAAAUUGUUAGUGACAAAAAAAAAACGAUUUCACAGUGCAAAUUUAAAAAUCUCAGCAAUCAAAAAAAAAAAAUCCUACGAAAGAGCAAAUAAAAGAACACUUUUAAAUCUUACCAAAUACGUUGUCGCCCGAUAUUACAUGGAUAAAUUUUGAAACAAAGUGUGCAAGGUUCCUAUUGUCUAUGUUCUCACUUUAAAAGAGAAACGAAUAAUAUUCAUAAAUCAAUUUAUUUUCUAACUAUGCCAUGGAAAAAAUAAAACAAAACAAGAAUAACUUUCAAAUUAAAUAAAUCGAUGCAAUAAAACAACAAAGAAAAACAAUUAAAUAAAGAAAUAAAAACAUAAAUAAUACAACCGAAACGCAACGAAAGUGCCGUCGCAAAUACAUUUAACAGACCACGAGGAUACUUGUCGCAAACUCGACUCGCCUGCAGCCACAAAAUCGUCAACUUCAAAAACAAUUUGCUUGGAUGAAUACAUCGUGGAGGUGCCGUCACCUCACUCUCUCGCCCAUCUGCUGCUAGUGAAGGAGUGACACCUUUACAGACCCAUUUUCAAGUUUUGACAAAAAAUGCGAAUUAAAAUGCCAGCCGUGAGAAUUGCGCAAGAUUCAGAUUCCACCGAAGGUGAUGCCCCAGCCCAGGAUAUCCUUACAUGUGGUGCCUGCCAGAAGGCUUUUGCCCUCUCCGACAUAGUCAAAUUUAUACAACACAAGGUUCUACAAUGUAACAAGGAAAACUAUGGCCACUGUUCAAACCAAGGUCCUUCGAAUGAUAGAGCCGACACCGAAGAUGGCAGGCCGUUGGGUGUUGCUAAUCGCAGACCUUCGGUAUCAGCUCCUAUUAAUGCACGCAAAACAUCGGGAGGAUCCCGCAUUCACACACCACCGCCAAGCCCAGCGGACAUGUUAGCCGACGGUGCCUCAAGUACACCCAAAAGACUUGUAGAUGAAAAUGACAAUACCACACCCAAGGAGGCAACCCAAGAAGACACCAAAACCUCAAACUCAGCGACAGAAGAGCUACCGACCAUUACCACAUCCAUCAAGCAGGAACUUGAUCGUGAUGAAAAUGAUACAGAAACAAUUGAGUGUCACAAUAGCAGCAAUAAUGAUAACACUAACGAUAAUGUACGCGAAAACGACGAUGAUUGCCAGCCCAAGACCAAACGACCCAAAAUUGAGUUCGUCGAUGCUGAGUCCAAUACGCUGCAAACAGAACCCAGCAAUUACACAUGUUCGACGUGUAAGACGAGAUACAGUUCAGCCUGGCGUUUAAUUCAACAUGUACAAUACUCGCAUGGUGUCAAGAUUUACGUGGAAACCCCUCUAUUUGGGGAUAUUGUUCAGUCUCCCAGCGAUGGUUCUUCUGGCGUUCAGCCACCGCAGAGCAACCUAAGUAAUAAUAGUUCAAACAAGAGCAAUGCGAAUGAGUCCACAUGUACGGUAUCACCCAUCGUCAGUAACAGCAACAACAAUCAACAACAACAGCAACAACAGAUUCAUCAGCAAUUGCAACACAGAGCGGCUGCUGUAGCUGCUGCUGCCGCUGUGGCAGAACACCAAAAACAACAGCAACAACAACAUCAACACCAAUCAAAUUUAACGGCUAUGCAAAAUGCCCAAAAUUUGGCAGCAGCUGCUGCCGCUGGCAUGCGUCAUCAUCCACUUUUGCCACCACCUGACAUGCAUGCCACAAAUCCUUUCAACUUGCUGAGAAUGCCUCUUCCACCUGGACUUGGCCAGGCACAAGUAGUUCCUGGAGUUACUCCACUUUUUUCACGCCCUCAUGCCGAUCAUUAUCGCAUGGAACAACUAGUAUCAGAGCAGUUCCGCCACCACGGUCUAAACUUAGCUGCGGCUGCAGUUGCUGCGGCCAACUCUUUGGCCACUCCUCAUACCCCAACGCCACAGUUUAAUCCAAACAAUUCUGUGCCUUCGGGAGGAGCUGUAGAACCACGACCACCAUCCUCCAAUAGUAGUCAUCGAGGUUCAUCGACUCCGGCGGCCCUUCCCCUCAUGCCCGGUCAGCAGAGUUCGAACUCAAGCAUCCAGCCCAAUAAUCAAGUUAACAUGGAACCCCAGAUGGAUUUUUACUCGCAGCGAUUGCGUCAGCUUGCAGGAACAACGAGUCCUGGAGCUGGAAAUAUUGUUAACUCGAGCUCGCCGAGUCCACGACAAAAGCAAUCGCCGCAUUUCGCGAGCCCAUCGCCUUCUCAUCAACUUCCUCCCACUCCGGUCACAAAUAAUACUCGUCCACAUUCCUUGACCCCUCCCGAAAAGAGUGAACCAUUAACUGGAGAAAAUGGGUCACUCAUCAAUAGUACACCCCGUUCAGCCUCAACACCUCCGACUAAGCCCAGUCAAGAUUCAUCAGUCAAUGCGUCUGUAUUCACAUGUUCGUAUUGUGAUAAGAAAUUCCGUUUCGAAAACAGCCUAAUCAUCCACCAGCGUACACACACUGGCGAGAAGCCAUAUAAGUGCACUGCAUGUGAAUUCGAGUGCUCACACAUCCAAAAACUUAUGAAGCACAUGCGCGUGCACCGGAGUCCGGCGGAGGAUGGACUCAGCAAUGCUGAAUCGGCAGACACAAAUGAGGGGGACUCGGAUGUCGACCAGGAUCCUGAGGAAAAUCUGGACGAAGACGCCAUGGAAGAGGAUGACGAGGAAUUGGAUGACCAGGAGCAGGAUGAAAUUGACUAUGAAGCUGAAGAUCUAAGUGUCAGCAACAACCGAAUGGAUUUAAAAAGUGAAAGUCCUAAAGGAGCAUCUGGUGCCACAUCGUUAGUUGGCGAACUAAUGGACAAGUUUGGCUUGUCAAACAUUGCACAAUAUUCGGAGGCAUACAAGCAAGCUCUACAAGAAUCCGGCAACUAUAAGCACAUUUCCAAGGAUAUUGACAAUAACAAUGCCACCAGCUCGCCAAUGCACCAAAUGAAUGACAAAAUUAAUGGAUUUCCCGCUGCAUUGCGUUUGCGCGAAGAAUUUGCCAAGAAUAUGUUCCAAAAGCCCACCCAACAAGAAGGGAACUCACAGUCGUCACAGGUUCCAAUCUUCAAUCCUUUCCAAAAUCCAUUUGAAAUAUCAAAACGGAUAAAAAUGGAUGGCAAUGACUGGUGGAAUAUGCAGGCGCUUCAUCGCAAUGAAUCGCUGUUUGAAAAUUUGAAGCUGAAACCACUAGGGCUGGGAUCCGCUAAUUCUUUAUUAGCUCAGAAUUCCCUAAUGAAAAAGGAAAGCCGGCAACGCAAUGACACAUGCGAAUUUUGUGGCAAAGUCUUCAAGAACUGUUCAAACCUCACUGUACACCGACGCAGUCACACCGGCGAGAAGCCUUACAAGUGUGAGCUUUGCUCUUAUGCCUGUGCCCAAAGUUCAAAGCUGACACGCCACAUGAAAACUCAUGGCCGCAUGGGCAAAGAUGUGUAUCGCUGUCGUUUCUGUGAUAUGCCGUUCAGUGUUCCUUCCACGCUGGAGAAACAUAUGCGCAAAUGUGUAGUCAACCAGGGAAAGGUUGCCGCGGCCAAUGCCGCCAACGCCGUUGCCGCAGCGCAGGCGGCGGCUGCCGUGCAACUGCAAAAUCAUUUGCCCAAUGCUCAGCAACUAUCUCCGCCGACAAACGCUUCCUUCCCACCGCAGUUCGGUCUAGGUCCCGGAUCCAUGUCCCUCCCCAGCAGUAUAGGCGACAACGAUUCGAACGCGUCGACAAGUCUAUCGUCACAACACGCCAUAUCGCUGAAACACGAGGCAUGACUUUAUCGAAACUGGAACAACGCUACCAGUUGCUUCAAUUCGCCCAAUACAGUUCUUCCGCCACCGCCGCCCCACCAGCAGCAACAGCAAGAACAAUCGCACCAUCUACUGACGCAUGCCCAGCAUCAUCACCAUCAACGUCCUCUCCCGACUGUGAACCGAAUAUUAUCACGUAUCUUCUAAAGAUAGGCUUCUAAAGAUAACGUUGGGAUGGCCCGUGUAAAUAAUAGUAUAUUGUCGCAUAUUGUGAAUACGUCUAUUACCACAAAACCCUGAGGUCUCUUUGAAAAAGAACGAUCUUACCUGCGCGUUUGUACAUAUAUGACUCGACCCACCACCGACUCCAUCAGGACAUCUAGUGUAAAUGCACCGCCGGAGCGCCUCCACGUAUACCAAAGCAAUACAUCCAUCGUCUCACUCCAUGUCUGUUGCGCUCUUCCGCCUAAUGCAGAAUUGGCUGCGUUAAAAUGUUUGUCUUCUUCCCAGUCUCAUUCUCUAACAAAAAAAAAGAAACCUAGCUAAUAUCCCCAGUGUAAUUCAGUGAAUUCGAAUUAAGUAGUAAUUGUAACUGUAUCAUAUUUAAAUUUAAAUGAAACCUUAGACAAAUCUAAAUACUUUAAAUCGAAAAUGCUUUGUCUGCACUCCGUCAUCGGUAAAGGGCAUUGCAAUACAUUUUUAGCGUUUAAUCCCCACGUGCGAACGAUUAUAUGAUCGCUUCGCAUUUACCCUUCCACUUUCCUCAACUCCUCACAUCCCCAACAAACUGCAGACGUGUAAAUGUCUGAUUUUCAAGAUCUUGUUUUGUGAUUCUCGUUAUUAUUGUUAGUUCGUUACUUUGUGUUGUUUAUUGAUUGAUUGAUUUAUCUAUUUUGUUUGAGAUCACAUUCUGUGUAUGUUAUUAGGGUACACACAGACAUGUUUAUGUCCUUGUUUAUUAGAUAUGGAAAGGGAGUCAAUUAGGCCGGCCGGAGGAGAUCAACCACACGCAUUUGCACCUUCGAUUGUCCGUCAAAUGAAAUCACGCCUAUUUUGCUUGUAAUUAUGAUUGAUUUCUUCGAACUGUCCUGUACCCCCGUCUCCCCUGUGGCCCACUUAAACUAAGCCUUUUGUAAACUAGUAUUCUUUGCCUUUUUAGUUCAUAAUUGUGUUUACUUAAAUUAUUAAUCUAAUUGCUAAUGUAUAUUUAGAUGUACAAAGGAACCUGGAAGACAUCGCAUCUACCCCUAUCCCUGUAUACACCACAAUAUUGUAUUGAAUAAUUGAUUUAGAAUAAACAUAUGCUCUUAAUAAUAAUAAUAAUAAUAACUAUAAAAAUAAAACAGUUUUUUGAAAUCAAAAACCCAGUUGCAAUUCUUCAUUUCCCACUUCCCUAUCUCGCCUAGUCUUCAUACCAUUCCGAGUUGCUGCUGUCUUCCAUUGCUGAGAAAUGCGGGGAGAGCAAUACAUAAUGCUCCCCUCGCUAUUCUUGCGACAUCGAUGAAAAUAUAUUGUAUAUAGUCACAUUGAAAAGUACCGGCCGGGAAAUACAGACUAUCCCAUACGACUAUCGCACACUGUAGUUCAGUGACAAGUCGCUUCUUCUCUAGCGCUGAAAUCAAAACGAAGGGAAUCAUUUGAACAUUUGUGCAAAUAUAUUUAAAUGUAUGUACGUAUUAAUUAAUAUCAUGAUUAUUAUUUAUUCCGUAAUAAGUAAGUAGAAAAUUAAGAGUUUCUUAUAUAACAAACAAAAAAUAGAAUCUGAAAAAGGAGGAAAACGUAUAUAUGUAUGUGUUAAAAUUUCGUAAAAUAAAAGACAUAAGAAAAUGAAAACAAUAGAAAA